AAUACUAUUCAUUUCCUAGUUUUGAUUAGUCGCUCGUGGAGAGAGAGGGAACACGUGGCACUCAGAAAAACCUGCCACAUGACUUGCAAAGCAGGAAGUGUUUCAGCUUCAGUUCAGCCUUACAAAAUAUAUUCCACAUCGAGCAGAAAAGUCUGUCCUGUUUUGUCGAUUGGAAAUAAACGCUUAGUAGGCUAACAUCAAGAUGUUUUGGAGAAUUCUUUUUGUGAUACUUGUGCUGUCUGUUUUUGGAUCUUCUAUGGGUGCAGACGUGAACUGUACAAAACUGACUUGUGAUCAAUGCACAAACACAUCUGAAUGUGUGUGGAUGACAUGCCCAAACAACGUGUCUUGUUAUCACAUCAAUGCUCCUGUAACGAACUGCAACAAGACCAACUGCUCAUCUGCUGGACAAACGACCCCUGAACCACCUGCCAACGUCACUACGACGACUGCCAACGCCACUACAUUGACUACUCACACCACUGCCAACACCUCAACACCCACCCCUGCUUCUAAUAGCACAUCUGGAUCAACCACGCCUACUACCACUCAAAGUACCACCACAUCAAAUGCCACCACAACAGCACCCUCUCCUCAGAAGAAAUCUACGUUCGAUGCUGCCAGCUUCAUCGGCGGGAUUGUCCUUGUGCUUGGUCUUCAAGCUGUCAUCUUCUUCCUCUACAAGUUUUGCAAGUCCAAGGACCGCAACUACCACACUCUGUAAAAAAUAAAAUAAAUAAUAAUAAAAAUAAAUUAAAUUAAAAUAUGGCACCGUUUCGAGGCACCACAUUGCACAUCAAUACAUACAACCCCCCACAUGCGCGCGUACAUGCAAACAUCCACACUCUUCGAUCUUCCUCCAUCCCUGGUGCCACAUGAUUAAUUGAUGCCUGUGGUUUGAGCUUUACAUUUAAACAAAGUGAGGUUUAGAGUAAAUACACCUACACGCUAUAAAUGGUCCCCCUGAAACAGUGGCAUUAUCACUUAUCCCGUUCCCUUGUUGGUGUUAUUCAGAGUUUCAGUCUAUUUUGAAUGUUGCUUAAUUAUGUAUUCCCUCCCAACGGUUCAGUUAAAAAUAAGUUGCUCCACUGCUCUCAGCUGCGUAUUAUGUUGAUGUUGCAAUUUUGUUCUUGUUGAAGCAGAAUUUCAAUGCCACUGCUUUCUGAGGUGGAGAUUAAACAUCACCAGUGCCCGCUUCCUUCCAUUUAGUGUGAUCUGAGCAGGGUUGUUUUGACCCUUACGUGUUUGUCAUACUGGUUUUUUGUUUUUCUGCAUAUCUUGUUCGUGCAGGCUUGCCAUCAUGAGAAAGGAGGGCAAAUACAUGUGUGGUCCUCCAUUUUCAUAAUUUCAGCCUCUCUGAAGCCAUAGAUGCAUCUUUUUUUUUUUUUUUUUUUUUGGGUUGUAAUUUUAUUUCUUGCUUGAAGCUUUGCUGAAAAAAAAAUCUAUAUUUCGGGAGUUUUUUUUUUUUUUUUAAUUUGUCGUCAUUGUUCUUUUGUCACACUUCCUUUUCAACCAAGCAACAAAGCAUGCAGUUUUAUUUGCAAUAAAUCCUAAUAACUAGUUCAGUUCUUUGAUUUAAUGACCGUUGCCAGGGUUAGUGAAUAUAAAACCACUCGUCGAAUCCAUUACAAAAAAUAUUGAAGUAGCAAGGCGUAUUGUAAACCCGAAGGGGGUGGGGUGGCCCCACCCCGCCAAGAGGGUUGGAGACUGUGGUUGGUUGGUUUGAGUUGCUGUGCUUUUUGUCUCCCUUCCCUCUUCUUUGAGCCUUAAACAUGUGAAUGCGUGAGUAUAGACUUUGGUCUGCCACUUCCUGCUGGAGCAGGGUGUUUGUGUGUGCACCACGGUGCUAUCUGUGAGCUUGAUAAAGGCUGCCAGCAGGACUGUUUGCUGUAUUAUAAAGAAUAUAUUAAUUAACAGUUAGUUCACAGUAGUUCAAUUCUGCAUUGAGGUUAGUGAAAUCAUUCUGAAGCCUUGACUCUUUCGAGACUGCCUUAUGUUUUUGUUUGUCUCCCCUCUCACCCCCUUCUCUCUCCUUCCCCCUGCUAUGUAUUGGCUUUUAUAGUCCUUUCACCUCAAAGGGAACAAACGUCAUAAGUUGUCCUGAACAAUCAAACAAAAGUAGGUUUAAAUACUGGUGUUAAAAUCCUAAGGUAAUUAAAAAUAUAUACAUCACUAAACUGUGUGGCCACUGCAAGCUGUUUGUUUUUUGCCAAGUGUGGUGGUGUUUUUUUUUUUUUUUUUUUUUUAAAUUAGUCUCCUCUGUGAUUUUCAUGCCAGAGGUCAAGGGUCACUUCACAUCCUGGGUUUUUUUUUUUUUUGGUCCAGUCUUGAAGUGUUUGAGUGAAAAAGGCUCUAAUGAAAACUCAAUCGGAGUUGCUUUUCUCUUUUGAAGAAAGUAUUAUUUCUUAGACAUGACGUUUUCUCACAACUUUCCCAUCUAGAGUAAUUCAGGAGGCCAUUGUUGGUUGCCCUUUUUUUUUUUUUUUUUUUUUAAAUGUUGACCUACCGAGAUGCAUGUAAGCAAUGCUGUUUGAAUUUAAGAUACUGUUCAUUAAAUUGAAAAAUGAAGGGUUUGAGAUUUGAGCAGUCCUGAUUAGCUGCUAAUGCCAUCUGUUUUAAUAAAUCCCUGGUCAUUCUGUCAGGUUGGUUAUUAAAGCGGUUUGUGUGCUGUGACUUGUAUCUUUUUUUUUUUUACCACUUCUGCCUUUGCUUGCAGCCUUAAUUAUUGCUGUCAUUCUGAUUUUGCAUUUCUUUUCAAUGUCUAGCCAAGCCUCACAUUUUACCAAAACCACUCAAGCCAAUUUUGAUUGCUUUUAGACCAAAGUUUUUGCUUUGCACUCGGAUUUCUUUUCAGUCACAUUUAAAUGUUAAACAUACAAACGUCCAGUUCACAGAGAUGCAGCUCAUGUGUGCCAAGGUAGCGUUUGGAUUUGAAACAUGAAGUGUUGAUUGAGUUUUCCAUAGAAACAAACAGCCAUGACAGAUGAAUCCAUUUUUAUUUUUCCUGACCUGUAAUUACUUGUUUCUUGUUGCACCUCUUGAAAACGAAGUGCCUUAAUGAUAUAGGUUUAAAAAUGAAGAUGUUCGUCUUGAAAACCCAUUCAUUCUUAAGGGAAACGGUGCAUGUUUGUUCCUGGGUGACAAUGAAGUUUGAAUGCAGAGAACUGCGAGAUGAGUGGAAUGCUGACUCUAUUGUUCUUGGUGUUGGUCUGUAUAAAAUCCCAGUACUUAUUUCCUUCUCAGCUUUUCAGCAGGGUUUGUUUAGCCCUGUUUAGUAUGAGUGUAUAUGAAACGCAGAUGAUCUUUGGUCCUGAUGUAUUAAAGUUUGCUUGAGUGAGAGCUAAUACACACUCCUGCACCUGCUAUUGCUUUAUGUUGUCAGAGUCUGCCUUAAAAUGUGUUCAGCUCUCUAAUCUUUUUUUUUUUUUGCGUUAUUUUUCUUUAGUUUUGCAGUGCUGAUUAGGUUUGAAGAUGUUAAAAUUUGGUUAAUUAAAAGCUGGGUAAUGUACUACAA